AUGUUUGUCGCUUUUCCAGGAGAAUCGGGUACUUUGGUUGUAGGAUUAGUAGGUUUUGUUGGAGGAUUAGUAGGUUCUGUUGAAGGAUUAGUAGGUUCUGUUGAAGGAUUAGUAGGUUCUGUUGAAGGAUUAGUAGGUUCUGUUGAAGAAUUAGUAGGUUCUGUUGAAGGAUUAGUAGGUUCUGUUGAAGAAUUAGUAGGUUCUGUUGAAGAAUUAGUAGGUUCUGUUGAAGAAUUAGUAGGUUCUGUUGAAGAAUUAGUAGGUUCUGUUGAAGGAUUAGUAGGUUCUGUUGAAGGAUUAGUAGGUUCUGUUGAAGGAUUAGUUGGUUCUGUUGAAGGAUUAGUAGGUUCUGUUGAAGGAUUAGUAGGUUCUGUUGAAGAAUUAGUAGGUUCUAUUGAAGAAUUAGUAGGUUCUGUUGAAGGAUUAGUAGGUUCUGUUGAAGGAUUAGUAGGUUCUGUUGAAGGAUUAGUAGGUUCUGUUGAAGGAUUAGUAGGUUCUGUUGAAGGAUUAGUAGGUUCUGUUGAAGGAUUAGUAGGUUCUGUUGAAGGAUUAGUAGGUUCUGUUGAAGGAUUAGUAGGUUCUGUUGAAGGAUUAGUAGGUUCUGUUGAAGGAUUAGUAGGUUCUGUUGAAGGAUUAGUAGGUUCUGUUGAAGGAUUAGUAGGUUCUGUUGAAGGAUUAGUAGGUUCUGUUGAAGGAUUAGUAGGUUCUGUUGAAGGAUUAGUAGGUUCUGUUGAAGGAUUAGUAGGUUCUGUUGAAGGAUUAGUAGGUUCUGUUGAAGGAUUAGUAGGUUCUGUUGAAGGAUUAGUAGGUUCUGUUGAAGGAUUAGUAGGUUCUGUUGAAGGAUUAGUAGGUUCUGUUGAAGGAUUAGUAGGUUCUGUUGAAGGAUUAGUAGGUUCUGUUGAAGGAUUAGUAGGUUCUGUUGAAGGAUUAGUAGGUUCUGUUGAAGGAUUAGUAGGUUCUGUUGAAGGAUUAGUAGGUUCUGUUGAAGGAUUAGUAGGUUCCGCUUUGAUUUCAGCAGAGCCCGGACGUCGGACGCCGUGUAAACGUCGUCGCUCCGACGACGAGCGCCGCGACGCUCCCCGUCUGGCGAGCGCGGAGCGUCACGAUGACGUCACGCGCCGCCCCUGGAUCAAUAGCGGACGCGCGAAAUUUUCCCGAAACCGCCGGAGAAAACUUUCCGCUACGAUCCAGAUAGAGCGGGGGUGGAGAGACGAUCUACCGGAGGGGGCGGGGGAGAUGAUCUAUCGGAGGGGAGUGGGGGGAUGA